UAUUUUGUCAAAACAAGAAAAAAAAAUUAUAUACAUUUAAAAUUUUAACUUAACUAAUGUCUGAUUAAAUUCUGAUUUUCAUAUUUCUAUCAAAUUUCAUAAACAAGGACGGUCAAUCUUUGAGCUACGAUUGUCCCAAAGUCGUGACAAAAUUUCGACGUGUUGAAAUCUUCAAUGGAACUUGCUAUGUUUCGAAAAUACAGCAAGCGUUUACAGUGACUACGAAUGGUAUCCUCUGUUUAUCGAUAUAAUUUUAGUUGCCAAUUAAUAAACAGUUAUCUAACAUUGUGUGCUGACAUUAUAACUUUUUCAGGAUGCAUUUUAGUGUGGAAUGACGUUCCUCGUAAAGAAAAGGGUGCGAUUAAUGAUGCUAAUUAUAAAGAGAAAAAACACGUAAAAACGAUCAAUUUACAGAGCUGUAGUAUUACUGUUAUCGCCCAUAACGAAAAUAUGCUUGUCACGGGAAGUUCAAAUGGUCGUAUCACUUUUUAUAAUUAUCAAUUGAAACUUUUGUACUGGUGUCAGAAUUGCGAUAUUGAUUCCAUUCGAUGGAUAAGUUUCGAUCUCCAAUCAAACUUGCUAUCUCCAGUAUUUAUCACCAAUGUAUCUGAGAAAUACAAACAAAAUGGCAAAAUAGAGAUGGCCUCGUCAAAAUUCAUUACAAAUGCAAAACAUAUUCCACGAAACUACAAUAAGGCAUUUAGCGAAGCGAAGUCGAGCUAUCCGCCGAUGGAUGCUACUUUACAGGGCUCCCCGUUUAACGUCCGAAAUUUUCUUGCAUGCUCCUCUACGGGAGUAAUAGCAUUAAUAGAAAUUCCGAAGCAAAAAUGGCAUUUUAUAUUACCUCAUCCAGUGGCAACCACGACCAGCAUAGAUGCUCAUCCAGAAAGCAAUUACGUAGUCGUGGGCGAUGUGCGAGGUACCGUACAUCUCUAUAAUCACGAGGACUGUACCUUGAUAAUAUCCAGGAGCAUGCCACCCUUUCCGGAUUUCCGGCCGAUUCUCGAAAAACAGACAAUCGACAAGAACAUUAUUUACGUCACUUGUCCGCAAAGUCACGAGUCUUUAAAAGCCGUCACAGUUUUAAAGUUUUCGCCAAGAUGCGACAUGCUAGCGUGCGGUUUGGAGAACGGAGCGAUUUGGAUUCUACAUCACGUUACUUUAGAUCCUUUAGAGAAGAUUCCGUACAAACACUCCUCGGCAGCCGUCAAUAAAAUCGCUUUCGCACAGCGCGCCGAUUAUAUGGCUUAUACAGACGACGCGCUGACAGUAGUAGUAUUCAAGAGAAACGAUAUCACCGCUUCGAAGGAGCCCAACGUGUGGAAUUUAAUCGGAAAAUAUCACUCGCAUUAUCUACCCAUCAGAGAUAUACUUUUCGGUCCGGCUACAUCGGAUUCCGCUGCGUCCCGAUUUUUUUCACUGGGAGAGGAUCGAGAGCUCAUCGAAUAUGAUCUCGAACACAGCGGGCCGUAUCCAACGCCAGGACUUCAAAUAUUGCGCAUCGACAAAAUCGAACAGACCGCUAUUCCCCUUUGUUUAGCGUGGUAUCCCGAGUUCGGUGUUGAGAGAUUUCUUAUGAUUUCAAAUUCCGAAUACAAAUAUAAAAUCUUCAAUGAUGUUACCAAGACUAUUCGCGGUACUUAUUUGGGACCGACCUUUGGAGAACCAGUACAACAAUUCCAAGUCUUAACGAAGAAAUUUGUCAAUUAUAACAGUUAUAUGGUAUUCGCCACUGACAGGGAAAUCGGUCUUCAGCUACUGCCUCUCGACGGCAAUCCUUAUAAGAUUGUCGGUAUGACGGGACAUCCACGAAAAAUAACAAAUAUCGCUGUCAGCAGCAACAGAGAAAUACUCUUUACCACAGGCUACAACGAUCCGUGUGUGUUGAUGUGGAAAAUCAAACUCAAAUCCGUUGAUUUAAUGGCUCAAUUAGGCGGGGAAGGACUCUCGCCGUUUCAUCGUCUCGUUGAAGGCGACAAAAAAUUAUGGCUGAUAAACGAGAUGAAGGACCUAUUCUAUUACGCGCAAAUAUUACAUCAAAGCGAAAAUACGACCGCUGCCAGAAUCGUCUCCGAUACUGUGGCCAUCGAGCAGAUCCCAAAUCUUAUGCGAGCUAUAGGAUAUUUUCCGACCAUCAAAGAAAUAGAGAAUAUCAUGACGGAAGUGUCCUACAGACAUUAUGUCGAAACCGAUAAACUUAUCGAAAAGAUCACUUUUGAAGAAUUCGUGCGACUCUAUGUGAAUCAUCGACCGGCGUUCGGAAUUUGCAUGCGCCAAAUAAAGGAAGCUUUUCGUACUUUCAUCGAUGAGAAUUCUAUUAAUAUGGAAAACCCUACUUUAACAAGAGAACAGUUUAUGGAUGUUUUAUUGGGUAGAACAACAAUAUCGAAAACUUCGAUGGAAGAUAGCGAGCGUGUCGGUGAACCGUUGACUUUAGAAGAGGCAUAUACGUAUCUCAAGUUGCUCGUGCCUUCUGACAAGGAAACGACAGAAAUUCGACCGUCAAGUCCAUCGCAAAGAGACGUGUCCUUCGAUUUUCUUUUUCUUCCGCCGAGAAUAUCUUACAAAGAUUUUGCCAUGGACAUUAUGGGUAUCGAAACACUGGAGGAAACUAAAGUUAACAAUUGAGGAAAUCAACAUGACGAUUAUCUGUAGCAUCGCGGUACUCUGGAGAAAUUUUUUUAUAGAUAUAUACUGCUGUGAGGAGUAAACGAAAGUGAUGGAAGUAAACCUAAAACAAAGAUCGGAACUAUUUAUUUUUUGUAAACGUCAGAUUAAAAUUGAAAGAGACAUUAAGAAUAAAGAAAAGAAGAAAUGCUAGCA